AUGCAGACCUCUCUCCCGCGGCGCGUCCGCAAGAAUGACAACUGGUUCUUCCGAUCUGAGCCAGCAGCGUCCAAUGGCGAAAAGGAGAAGAAGCUGUCAGACGUUGAUCAACGCCAUGUGAAUGCCGUCGCCUGGCUGCAUGCAUGGACUCCCAAGCGAUUCCCCACGCUCAGGGCCGAAUUCGCUUAUAACGACGACAUACAAGCGCAGCAGAACAAGAGGGUUGCCGAGCUCCAAGAGACUGUUUUCCGGCUCUGCGAUCUCAUCGACGUGGGCCUGAUGCGCGAACAAGACCGAGCGGAGCUUCACGACUCAAAAGCAACGAUUAUAGAACGGGUUUCUGAUAUUGUCAAGGCUGGAGAGGAACCGUAUAUUCGACUCCUAUGUGACUAUGGCUUCGUUCUAGACGCCGUCGCAAUUGCGUCAACAAGAAUAAAAAUGAACCAGCAGGAAAAUGGACAAACUGAGCGGAGACAAGCGAUUGAGGACAACCGAGCCCGAGCCGACGUAGCUGAUGGUAGCGAGGUCGAAGCACUCCAGGACGACAAUUCUAGCGAAGACAGCGUGCACGACGAAGAUGAGGACAAGGAGUCGGAUGUUGAGCUAGCUGACGUUUACCGGACUUUGCACGAGACCAGGCCACGUCUCAGGAGGAGGCGGAAGAGUUCGUUCGUCGACACUGACGAAGAAGCGAAGGCCGCAGUCAAGGCGUGGAGACGACGCUCCAGUAUAGAGCGAAGUCGUCAAGGUCGCAAGCGUUGCUCGACAGGGAAUGGCCCAGGCUCGUCUGAUAGCUUCUCCAGGGCCGCCGGGUCCUUCCGGGUCGAGAAGCCUCUACGAACGGCCAGGACUUCCACUUCAAGUUUGACGCCAGAGUCGAGUCCUGGUUCGGAGUAUCCCUUUCAACACAUACAGAGUCAAGAGGCUCGGGAGGAUGUUUGGGCAGCGCUGUUCGGCUCAGGCCUGCCCAUGCCCAACCUGCCUCUGCCAGACGACUCUAGCAAGGCUCGCAGAGAAGCAAUCGACCAAGCUAUAGAAGAUGCACACCGUCGUGCGCGAGAGGAGGCGGAGGCGGAGGCGGAGGAAAAAGAAGAAGAACAGAGGCGGAGAUCUGGUCUGCGAGGUGAACUCGGUAGAUCAAGAUGGAGCAGCGACAACGGAUAUUCCAUCAGUGGACAUGUCGCAGGCCCAGCGCAGAAAGACAGGCUUAAGCUCUACUUGGCCCCGGCCACGACAUUGGAUCUCGAAAGCAGCCCUUGCUUUGACAAAUUAGGGCCACCGCCUGUGAACCACCGCGAUAGACACGGUGGCCUACCAGAUGAAUUGCCAUUUUUUGAGGGCAGUGAGGACACGGAAAGCGUUUUGAGUGACUCUGAAGUGCGUAGACUCUCACCGAUCCUCGAGCAGGUAGAUUCGGAGGCUGAGCUUGCUCCCGCCCAAACUCUCGAGGAAAGGAUUCGAGUGUUUCGCAAUUUCAUGCCGUCGCCGACUCAACAACAUCAGCGCCGCCGUCGCAGCAACUCACUACCAGCAAUCCUCAAUGUCGAGCAAGACAGCAUUCCGGUAGCAGCAGCUGCGAGCGUCCCACAAGCAACGGCAUGUGCCAAUCCUGUUACGGCGGCUGCCGUGCGUUCUCGCCUCCUGGCUUUUAUCCAUAAGCAGCAGGCAGCAUGGGCUUCUGUAUUUUGGUUUCUACUCGCAUCCGUGUUUCGGAGCAUGGCGCGGCUGUUCUCCAUGGUUCUCGCGUGGGACAUUAAUUGCUGUCAGCCACCGGCUCUGGACCUGACAGCGCUCUCGACCGUGCUGACACACAUGUCGAUCCUCGUGUUUGCGUUCCAGGUACAAAUAUGGCUCGCUCUGCGCAGGGAACGCAACAUCUGGCUUGGGGCGAACCGCGAUACCCGGGAGUAUCUACUGGAUGUUAUCAGAGAAGAUCCGUCGUGGUGGUGGCUCCCAGGCGUGGACCCGACGCUGAUGCGGUGGUGGAGGGAGCUGGACGGAAGUCUGUGGCUCGCCAUUUUCAGCUGCUGGGUUUGGUUGCCUAUUAUUCAUGCGGGACGUACUCGGAUCAAGUGA